AUGUGUAUCUGGUUACGCCGACCUCGCCGCGUCAUUGUCUGGGUGAAGUCUCUGCGUCCCUUCCGCGACGUGAAAGCGGAAGAACGGCUGCUUGAGUUGAAGAAGAAAUGGGAGGAGGAGGAGAGGAAGUGCAUAUCACUAGAGGACAAGCUGAAGAAACUUGAGCAAGAGCAGCAAGUUUCGGCCCAAGAAAAGGGCGGACUGAAAACGGAAAUUAUCCGGCUUACGAGCGCUCUGAAAAAAGCCACCAAGGACGCCGAUGAAAUUCAGGUCAGGUUACUACAGGAGCAAAGGGAGAGAGAAAAAGUCCAGCAAGAACGUUCCAAGCUUCAAGAUGCGUAUCAAAAGCUACAGCAAGAUCUCAACUCAUACCAGCAGCAGCUACAGAUGCGAGAGACUGAGAAGAAGGCCUUGAGGAACGAGCUCCAGGCCCUGCAGACCAAGUUCAACGAUCAAACCACCCUUCUUGACGACCGCACACGGGAGCUACGGGGUGCACAGGCAUUCCUGAGCAAGGCCGACACGCUCUCGGGAGCGGAAGUCAUCAGACUGAUCGACGAACUCAAUCAAGAGAUCAUGCAGACGGCAGCUUUCAUCUCGGAUUCCUUCGAUUUCGCUCGCAAGCCUGAACAUAUAGACGAGAUCAAGGAAGCCAGCGCGCGGACCAGUGAGCUGAUUGGACCUGCCAUGACGUCACUCCUGGGUACCGUGCAGCACGGGGAAGACCCUCUCUUGAUCCAGAUUGCACUGCAGGCCGCCACAGUCGAGUUCUCUCGUUGGAUCAUAAUGACCUGGGACUUUGACGGCUUGCAGGCUGAGCAACCGAUAGCAGAGAUCUAUAACGACGUUCGGGAAACAGAAAGCCAGGCAGUCAGCGGCCGAUGGCGCGCUUUGACUCGAUCUCAUGCGCAGAAGGUUGCUCUGCAGGAAGCGGACGUGCACGCGACCAUGGUUGCGCAUAUUAGCGACACCCUCGUGAUCUUGAUGAUUGCGGCUGGCUGCACGAAGAAUUACGAAGAUGCGUAUCGCGAGUUCACCAUGAAGUUCGGUGAACGAGUAUCGAACAUCGUCCGCAUGGCAGCAAGGCUUAACAAAGCCAUGGGCGAGGAAGUCACGUCAGCAGAUCUCUGGCCCACCCAUGCUGCAGCUGGAGAGAAAUUCGACACGGAUACAAUGAAGGACUUUGACGAGGGGAGCGGGGCGCAAUCUGGCGUGGUUUUGUGUACGACUGCACUGGGCUUACAGAGGUCAGAAAAAGUUGGGCAUGGGGAGAGCGCAGUGGUCAAAACAAUAACACUGGCGAAACCCAAAGUUGCGCUUGAAGCUAUCGCAGAUGGGAUGGACAGGGAGGUAGAGGUGUCAGGAGGCUAA